AUGUGCAAACGACAAUGGGCAUCGUUUACACAUUGCAGUGAUAUAAGAACUGUUGAGCACCGCUGCAAAGAUAAUCCAAUCGAUGAACCAUUCGAGAGCUGUAAGAAUCGCAGUGUCAAACGGCCAUUAAACGCAUCCGACAGAAGAUUUGGGCAUGGUAGACAUCCAGAUCCAGAGAUGAUGCUCUUUCAAGGCAGAUGUGUCGACUGGGGAGCACAAGUUGACAAGAACGCGUAUGAGAUGUUUCUGCGGAUGUGCCGACGUAAAGUUUCUAUAAUAGAUGAAACUACCUGGAUUAUUUGCGGUAGCGAUUGGAAGGAUGCCAUACAUAACACUCAUGAAUAUGAAAUGCGCUCUGUCCGGGGGGUCGAAUCCUCAGAAGCGGCGUUGACUAAAGACAACCUGGUAAACUAUUCCCUUCGGAGUUCAGAAGAUAGCUAACAUUUGACAAGAACGAAGCAAAUCCAAAAGCAAUACAUAUAGGAGCUACUGAAAUAGCCGUAAUCAAUGCAGGAUUUCCGAUGUUGUCUGACGAAACUAUAGCGAAGUUUACGGAGGAACUCUUAAAACACCCAGAUUGUCCACAAGAUCUAGUGAGUAUUUCGUCAUAUUCUCAAACAUUUUCGAUCAGCCACCUUAAUCUUUUCUCAGAUCCUGGGAGACGACGGUGAUAUUGAAGUAUCACUCGAGAUGCUCCCACGGAGCUUUCCUCCAAUGAUAUACGGAACCAUUUGUACAGAGUUACCAACUAUUGCGGCCACUGUUAGGAUGACUCGUCAAAGUGAGAGUCAUAAACGAAUUAAUUAUGAUUACAGCGUUUGUUCGUCUCAGAUUCCGAAGCUAUGAACAACACCCUAAGUAUUAUUGCUAACCUCAACAUCGAUUCAGAUACAGGAGGCAUAGGAGAUGGUCGAAAUUCAAAGUUAGGCAUCCCUCUGAUAACGACUUGCGCAAACGAGGACGGCAAUGUAGAAAGUUUGGAUCCAAUCGUUAAAAGUUCAGAUGGUGGAGGAAGUAAGGAAGAUCCCAUGGAAAUUAGCGAUUGA